AUCGGAUGCGCUCCCUACUGCCGUGCAUGGAGUAAACACAAGUACGCAGACGAUUUCCGUCGAUCACAAAUAGUCCUCUCACCUGCGUUUUUUACCUGAGGUUACGAACUCGAAGCCGUUAUCGACUAUCGCAGAGUCGGGUAAUCAAACAUUUCCAGUGACAAUCUCCACAAUCGAUCCCCAUCAAGACCAGUAUUACCCACUAACACCUGCCAUGAUGGGCCUUCGGUUGCUAAGUGUGAGAAAUGCAUUGUCUACAUCUGGACAAUGGAGACUGUUAUCCAACAAGCGCGUUCUUCUUGUGUGUGUGCUGUUCAUCUGGUUCGUGAUGCUGAUGUUCAGGAGCUCACCAGAACAACACGACUCCGAAAUCAAGCUUCUACAUCGUCAAGUAGUAAGAGCUCUCAAUCAAAACAAUUUCUACGGCCACGCUGACAUUUACAAAGGCAUGUGGUACUUUGAACCCAGAGACCGCAUGGUCACACCACUUGAAUUCCCCUUCAUCUUAGAUGGCGCUAAGGUCUGUGAGCCUAAUGGCAAGCCACUACUACUGGUGGCAGUCAUGUCUCUCCACAAUAAAACAGAGCAGAGGCAGGCAAUAAGACGGACGUACGGACGUACUGCUAAAGGACGCAGUUGGCCUGGCAAGAAGCUAUUCGGACCUGUGAAGCUGGCGUUCUUUUUCGGUGUCAGUAAUUCUUCACGGGAAAACUCUAUCAUCGAACAAGAAGCCAAGCUGCAUCAAGAUAUUGUGCAAGUCAAUUUCACCGAAUCGUAUUUUAAUUUGACAUACAAAGUGUUAAUGGCAAUUAAGUGGGCGAAGAUCUAUUGUCCGAAAACGUCAUUCAUUAUGAAAGUUGACGAGGACUCAUUUGUAGACAUACCACGCAUGACAGACAUAUUACUGUCAGUCAACAUGACCAACCAGAUCUACGGCCACUUCCACUAUGCCGAUCCAGUAGAGAGAGCUGGAAAGAUGAAGGUAGCCAAGGAUGCUUACCCCAUAGAAAGAUACCCACCACAUGUGAAGGGAAACAUAUAUGUGAUGCCUACUCUAUUAGCUACACGUAUAAUGUUACUGUCACAGUUUUUGCCGUAUGUCAACAUGGAAGACGCUCACAUCACUGGAACACUUGCCAAGAUCCUUGACGUUAGACAUCAUGACAUCCCGACUGAUCAAUAUAACCCGUAUGGAGGGCCGGACGUCUGUGACUUUGCUUUGAGCAGGAAGAUCGCAGCGCAACAGGUAAACGCAUCUGUUGCGUAUCAGAUAUGGGAUGCUAUUGAAGAUCCGACAUUGUGUAUAAAGUAAACGCAUGGGUGUCUUUUGAACCAUAUUGUGGCAAUGGAUUGCUUAAAAACUUGGGUUGUGUGUGGAUCAGUGCAUGAAGACACAUGUACAGAGCAUGGUUUCAUGGACAGCUGGUGUCAUCUUUGUGACAUCUCAUGUGUGACAAUAAACGCAGAUGUGUACCUAGUGGACAACAAGUGAUCGGAGAUAUUUAUUACGAGCAGUCUGGGUGCGGAGAGAACCUGUUUUAAAUACAUUUAUUCAUUUAUUUUUGUCAAAACCACUUUGUUGACGAUUGCAUUUUUAUGAAGAUGAAAAAACCCUGGAUAAAUGCGAUAAGAAAUGUAUGGAGACGAAGGAAACAUAAUUCGUAGGGUUGCAGCCUCUGCUGUAUGUGUGAACACAGGUUAUUUCCCAGCAUCGAUCGACAUACAAGAAUAUUCAUACAUUUCUUUGCUCAAAAUCCAUCGCCAAGGUAGAAAACAUUGAAAUUCCUCGUCAUGUAGUGUUAAGAGGAAUACAGUUUGUCGAAGUAUCAAUAGCAGCAUAUAAUGACUCAAGCUCAAAAGAAUCAUGACGUCACGGUGACUGAUGCAAAUCUGUAUGACGUCAUCACGACUGAUAACGCUUUUCAAUGUUAUGAUGUCAUUGUGUAUCUGUUGAAUACAACAACAACUGAGCAACUAUGCAUAUGCGCAACUUGUUUUUAUAUUCCAUGUUUCGUAAAGUCGCGUCCUAUUUAUUUGUAUCUAUGUUUCUAUGUUUCAUUAAGCUGUACUUUGUUCCGAAAUAUUUACAAUGUUGAUGGCGACGUCUUCACUGUCCAGGUGCUGGCCAACUUGUGAUAUGCGGUGCCAGUUUAUCCGAAUAAAACAUGUA